AUGUCGAUGAGUACGGACGUGUGCGUUAAAUGCUCCGAUAAUUUUAUUGUUAAUAAUAAAACUAUAGAAUGUAAGAUCUGUAAAUGUAUUGUUCACGCUGCGUGUGUGUAUAUUAAAGAUUCUUGGCUGAAAGGUUUCUCUGAGAAUGCUAACAUAAAGUGGUUGUGCGAUUUGUGCAACGAAAAAUGGUUGUCGUUGACUAAUGAACUGUCGUUAACUAAUGCUAAUAGUGUAUUUCUUCUGAAAAAGAAGGUGGAUGGCCUGUCAGUUGAGAAAACUCUUCUCCAAAAACUGGUAGAUAGCUCAGAAUACACAAUAAAAAUUCAGAAAAGUCUUAUAAAUGAGUAUGAGGAAAAAUUAUCCCAAUUUGGAGGUCAAAUGAAGGUCAAGCGAACCCAAUUUGGGUGAUAUUGAGCGGUUUUUUGAAAAGCUUGCACUAUUGCUUGAUAUCCUGAAUGGUGAAAGGUCUGCAAGGUUUGUCAUAGUGGGUGAUUUUAAUGUGGAUAUACUCAAACCAAAUCACAGGGAUACACAAACUCUGUUGUCUGUGCUACACUCGUAUGGUCUUCAACCAAUUAUUAGUGAACCAACUCGGGAGGCUCUUCUCUCGUCAUCCUGUCUGGACAACAUAUUCACAAAUGUCGAGGGUGGUCAGGUGAGAAUAAUGCAACCACAUCUUUCUGAUCACAAGGCAAUAUCGAUCAAUUUCAACAUAAAUAGUUUAAUUUCUCCAAAAGCAAUGCCGUCUAAGCGCCGAAAUUUUAGUUCCUCGAAUAUAAGAGUUUUUCUGAGUGCUUUGACUGAUAUAGAUUGGUCAGUAUUAUAUGACAUCAAUAGACAAAAAGUAGAAGACAUGUGGUCCUGUUUUUCGUCAAUUUUCAAU